AUGUCUAGUUUAUUUCAUGAUUAUACUCAAGAUAUGGCACUAAUAGAUAACACCUAUUAUUUAACAGAAGAUUACAAUUUAAAGAAAGAUGAUAAUGAAACCCGAAGCACUGGACGAAAAAUAGACAUAGUUUGGUGUAUUGAACCAAUCAAAUUAGAAUUUGCCAUAGGAGAAAUCAGUGGUUCGCCUAAUCAGAGGUGUCACUCACAUUUCUUUGAUGAUAAAUUAAAAAUUGCAAAGGUGUUGAAAGUGAUGCUUAACAAAAUAGUAAGGACAUACAGCAGUAAUAGUUCCAUGCUAAAUCAUUUAAAUUUGUAUGGAGUACAAUCUUAUAAUAUAAACAAAUAUAUACUUGAAUCGAGAUUGAGAACUCCAGAUGAUGAGGGUAAAUCUAGCCUAUUUAUCACACCAAUGAAAAUAAUAUGUAAUUUGAUAAUCAGAGAAUUAGAUGGCGAAUUAUUUGAAAUAAAUACUAGAUUAAAUGGUGAACUAUUAUGUAAAGAAAUUGAACAAUUGAAAACUUUAGCCCCUGAGUUAGUCAAUAAGUUAAAUGCUUAUGAGGCAGAGAAUGAGAAAUGA